AAGGAAAUGAGGAGAAGAGGGGAGAAAAAGAAAAGAAAAACAAGGGAGUCAGACCACUUGGCCGUUGAAGUGUUGGUCGUACAUACCAUCAGAUGCAGAAGAAGCAAAGUUUUUCCUGUUUCAGGCCUCAACCAACCAAAAGAGAAAUUCGCAUGUGCUCCAAGCGCAUAGGAUGAGUUAACAUGACAGCUUCCCCAUAAUAUCGCCCACAGGUCUCACGGGCCAAAACUAAAAAGCAUUGACUUGAUCAUGCACGUUGCAUGUACGCAAGUCCUCUGCAGGAAUAUAGGCCCAACCGGCCAUUCGCAGUGCGCUUCCCCGACCUCCAGAGUGGCAAAAUUGCAAAUGCAAGGCAGGUUUCUUUUUUAUUACUCGCAAGUUCGGAUUGGCCCGAUCCGCAAGUACAGAGGCAAUCACAUCGUAAGACGCACGGGAGGCUGCCCACGUUAUCAGGUGCUAGUGUCCAAGUGUAGAGGUGAUCAAGAUCUGUGUCCCCUCGCAUCUUACCCCUCCAGCCCAACGGCUGGCUAUGAGAAUGCCGCCUGUCUCAUGCGGUUGCACAACAACACCCGUCAAUGGCGGCCAUUACAUGGCAUCAGUGUUGGGGGGGAGGAAAUACCGUGGUGUCGUGGACCUAUGUAUUUCCCAUCAGCACAGUGCACAACGAUGGAAUCAGGCAGUAUACUGAGCAGAGGAUCCAAACUAUACAAUUUGGCUGAAUCAACCGUCUUACUCUGAGCCGUGUCUGAAAAGGCAACAAUCGCAUGUCUGAGCUUA